CCUGGUGGAACAAUAGGCUACUGGGUUUAUAAAAAAAAUACUAUCGACCUCAAAAAAAAAUAGCAGUUUUUUAUACUUCCCCAAAGGUUGCUAUAAAACCCUCAAAUCACCAGAAAAAAAAUGCUGGACAUGACCUCAUUGUCCUCAAUAAGGCCAUAAUUGUGACUUCAAGAUAUGUUGCAGCUGUAUCAUCACGCAGAGCUUCCCAGCUCUGAGUUUACUCACUCAGGUAAACGCUGUAAUAUUGACCACUAGAGGGCGCAAUAACACACCCCCACUGUCGGUCAUCCAAAACCAUCCAAUCCCAGCCCACUGAAAAAACAAAUCUGACAGUUUGUAUUUACCGGUGUCCUUUUAGGGUUCAUUCAAGUGCAACAGGUUUUGAAUCCAAAGUGAGUUCACUGCAGGUGAUUUGACUGAUUCCUCUAGUUGUUGACAGCAGUGGAUUCAGCUGCUGGAGGCCUUGCUGAGCACAUGUCCGCCUGUCUCUGAACUGCAUUUGUUAAAUCAAAUGUGGUGUAAAUGCAUCAUUAAAUAACCUAUUAUGUGAUCUAAACAAACCCAAAACAGAUUAAUAUAUACGGUACUUUCACAGCAUGGAUGCCCUCCACAUCCUAAAAGUCUGACAUUAUGUUUACCAAAACAUUUAGUUAUAAGGAAAGUUUAAAUGGCAUAUUUGAUGUUUGGUUAAAGUUUUCCCUUCACUGUGUCCCUUAUAGCUUACUGUAGCUUGUGCUUUUGCGAUUUGGAGAUGUGGGGUAUUUGCCAGCUCUCUAAAUAUAUUUCUCUGUUAAAUCUGAGUGUGACAUGGGGCGUCUAUAGGAGAGGUAAUCCUCUGUGGUCCAGCAGCAUCCUCCCUCCCUCUCGCUCUUGUUCAAGGGCAAAUCGAGGUGCGACUUCCCCGCUGCUGCGCAGCUGCUGAAGACAGCGCAGCAUCCUCUUGUCGGUCUGCGGGUUGGGACCUCUCUUCUGUGGGAUGACCAGGGGAAGAGCCACUCGAAUGGAAAGGAAGAGGACAACUUUAUACCUCGCACUUGUGGCAGGUUUCAAAAUGUCCAACAUACGGUGAUUAGAGCACUGGCAUUUGUCUAGAAGUCACUUUUGAGAGCUAAACUCUGGAUUCUGGUGACAACACACACUUUCUCUGUCCUGUUGAUCGGAGUUUUGGUCCACCAUGAAGCGGAAUAAGCUUUGAAAAGAAGACAUGGAUUUUGCACGGAGGGUUUGGCACUUCCUUCUUCUGAAACCUGAAGAACUUAACUCUGGAAAUUAUGCUGUAAAUCUCAGAGUUUCAUAUCUGUAAGUAAAUUCUAGUACAGGAGAAUCAGGAUGAAAAGAUGGCAGCCAUGCUGUUACCAACGGGUCCUGAUGGCUUGCGGCGGUUCACUCGCGAAUCCUUGGCUGCCCUGGAGCAGCGGAUUGCGGAGGAGCAGGCCAAGAAUGCCAAGGGUUACGAGGAGGCUCACAGGAACGCAGAGCCACCCAAACCCAGGGCCGACCUGGAGGCUGGCAAGCAGCUGCCACGCAUCUUCGGUGACAUCCCUCCAGAGCUUAUUGGGGUGCCACUGGAAGACAUCGAUCCUUUUUACUUCAAGAACCAGAGGACUUUUAUAGUACUUAACAAAGGGAAGGCCAUCUUCAGAUUCAGUGCCACAUCUGCACUUUACAUAUUUAGUCCAUUUCACUUCAUCAGAACAAUCGCCAUAAAAAUUUUAGUCCAUUCAUUGUUCAGCCUGUUCAUAAUGUUCACUAUUCUGACCAACUGUUUCUUCAUGGCCAUGUCUGAUCCGGCACUAUGGACCAAGUACCUGGAAUAUACUUUUACUGCCAUUUACACUUUUGAGUCAGCGAUAAAGAUAUUUGCGCGAGGAUUCUGUAUAGUGCCGUUCACCUUCUUGAGAGACCCAUGGAACUGGCUGGACUUCAGCGUCAUUGUCAUGGCAUAUGUGACAGAGUUUGUAGACCUUGGAAAUGUCUCUGCACUAAGAACCUUCAGAGUGCUACGAGCCCUGAAAACCAUCUCAGUUAUCCCAGGUCUGAAGACUAUUGUCGGUGCUCUGAUCCAGUCUGUGAAGAAGCUAGCAGACGUGAUGAUCCUGACUGUCUUCUGUCUCAGCGUGUUCGCCCUCAUCGGCCUGCAGCUUUUCAUGGGGCUCCUGCGACAAAAGUGCAUCCGCAGUCUGGCACACUGCGUGAACUCUUCCUACAGCCACAAUGCAUCUUUCAUCUGCAACAACAGAACCUGGAGCUCCAGGGCGGACUUCCUCAGCAGCGAAGAUAAUUUUUACAAAGUUGAAGGAGCAAAGGAUGCCUUAAUAUGUGGAUAUGGCAAUGAUGCAGGAUGGAAGUUUCUGAGGCAGGCUGUGGAGACGGGCAAGAUAUUAAGCAGGAAAUGUCCCGAUGGAUUUGACUGCCUGAAAGUAGGACGAAAUCCAAACUAUGGCUACACCAGUUUCGAUACCUUUGGCUGGGCUUUUCUGGCCCUUUUCCGUCUCAUGACACAAGACUACUGGGAGAAACUGUUUCACCAGACUCUGCGCUCAGCGGGGAAAGCCUACAUGGUUUUCUUUGUGCUGGUAAUCUUCCUGGGCUCCUUCUACCUGGUCAACCUGAUCCUGGCUGUAGUGGCCAUGGCCUAUGAGGAGCAGAAUCAGGCAACCAUCGCUGAGGCCUGGCAGAAAGAGAGGGAGUUUCAGCUGGCUAUGGAGCACCUCCGCAGAGAGCAAAGAUUGGCAGCAAAAAGACAAGCGCAGGAGACAGACUCCGUGUUGUCCCCAGAGUUGUCUCCAUUCUGUCUGAAGACAGGCAGCAUACGGCGAAGCAGCAGCAGAAGGAGGAGAUCUCACAGGACAUUAUCAGAAGAAACAGCAGAGGAAGCUGCUGAAGAGAAGUUUGACCCACUGGAUGAGCCAAUGCCUCCUGUUUCUCCCCUGCCGGUCCACCCUCUGCUGGCCACACUCUCCUCUCACCCCCUUAGCACCAGGAGAGGAAGCCAGAUCAGCAUCUUCAGCUCAUUCCGGGCACGCAACAACUCGGAGGCUGACUUUGGGGAUGAUGAGUACAGCAUUCAUGGGGACGUCUUCAGAAGUCGCACCAGUUCAACGGCAACACCCUGGAAGAGGAGGACGGGCAGUGUGCGGAGCCACUGCUCCCAAGUCUUCACCCCCAGCCUCAAUAUAAACGGCCGACUCAACAUUUCCCUCGACCAGAAUGGAGUCACAACAGUGGGCCUGCACACCCCUACCUCCAUGCCUGCUCACAGCAUGGAGAGGAUCAAGGAAGACACAAUACCCACCAAUGCAGAAGACACAGUUCCCAGAUGUCUCCUUCAGCCUUCCCCAACAGUGACAGAGCCUCCUCCUGUGCACAGGAAAAGAGGGCUGAGCUCUGUCAGCUUCCUGAGCGAUGCAAUGGAUGAGCUGGAGGAAUCGAGGCAAAAGUGCCAUCCCUGCUGGUACACAUUCGCCAAGAAGUACCUGAUAUGGGACUGCUGCCCCUGGUGGCUGAAGAUGAAGGAGUGGGUGAAGUUUAUGGUGAUGGAUCCUUUCCUGGAUCUGGGUAUCACUAUAUGCAUUGUGCUGAACACCCUCUUCAUGGCCCUGGAGCACUAUCCCAUGACUGAUGAGUUCAACACGAUGCUCUCAGUAGGCAAUCUGGUGUUCACAGGGAUCUUUACAGCUGAGAUGGUGUUCAAGCUGAUUGCCAUGGACCCUUACUACUACUUCCAACAGGGCUGGAACAUCUUUGAUGGCGUCAUUGUUUGCCUCAGUCUGAUGGAGUUGGGUCUCUCCAACGUAGAGGGGCUGUCUGUCCUACGCUCCUUCAGACUGUUACGAGUCUUCAAACUGGCCAAGUCCUGGCCCACUCUCAACACUCUCAUCAAGAUCAUCGGUAACUCAGUGGGCGCCCUGGGAAACCUGACGCUGGUGUUGGCCAUCAUCGUCUUCAUCUUCGCUGUAGUGGGCAUGCAGCUGUUUGGCAAAAACUACCAGGACUGUGUGUGUAAGAUCUCCAAUGACUGUCAGCUGCCUCGCUGGCACAUGAAGGACUUCUUCCACUCCUUCCUGAUCGUGUUCAGGGUGCUGUGCGGCGAGUGGAUUGAGACCAUGUGGGAUUGUAUGGAAGUGGCCGGGCAGCCCCUCUGCAUCCUGGUGUUCAUGUUGGUCAUGGUCAUAGGCAACUUGGUGGUGCUGAAUCUCUUCCUGGCCCUGCUGCUCAGCUCCUUCAGCUCCGACAACCUCUCCGCUCCAGAUGAAGAUGGCGAUUUGAAUAACAUCCAGAUCGCCAUCGCCCGCAUUCAGAAUGGCACCUCCUGGUUCAUCACAAACAUCAUCGACCUCUUCAACCGCAGCGAGAAACGCCGGCGGCAGAAGGCCAAGGAAGUCAGUCAGGCUUCUAUCAAACUGGUUAGCAAUCAUGUGGAAAGCAAUGGGGGAAUUUUUGGAUGCUAUGGAGAGAAGAACAUCAUACCAGAGGAGGACAGCUACAUGACCAACCCCAACCUGACUGUUAUCGUUCCCAUCGCACCUGGAGAGUCAGAUGUGGAGUUUCUGGAGGAGGAGGAGAUUUCUGAGUCGUCAGAGGAUGAAGAAAAAGAGAAUAUCAGCCUGUCAGAGGGAAGCACGGUGGAUCUAAGGAAGCCUGGAGAUGAGAUGGGCUAUUUAUUUGAGCUGGAUGAAGAGAGUAUGGAGCCGGAGGAAUGCUUCCCAGAAUUGUGCAUGAGGCACUGUCAGUGCUGCGAUGUGGACACUAGCCGCGGUCUGGGACAGGCCUGGUGGAGACUGAGGAAGACCUGCUACCAGAUUGUGGAGCACAGCUGGUUUGAGACCUUCAUCAUUUUCAUGAUCCUGCUCAGCAGCGGGGCUCUGGCCUUUGAAGACAUCUACAUUGAGAAGAGAAAAGUCGUAAAAGUGGUGUUGGAGUAUGCCGACAAGGUCUUCUCCUACAUCUUUGUGCUGGAGAUGUUCCUCAAGUGGAUCGCAUACGGCUUCAAGAAGUACUUCACCAACUACUGGUGCUGGCUCGACUUUCUCAUCGUGGACGUCUCCUUGAUAAGCCUGGUAGCAAACUCAUUGGGAUAUUCAGACUUUGCUGCUAUCAAGUCCCUGAGGACCCUCCGGGCUUUGAGACCUCUCAGAGCUCUGUCCAGAUUUGAGGGCAUGAGGGUGGUUGUGAACGCUCUCAUAGGCGCCAUCCCCUCCAUCAUGAAUGUGCUGCUUGUGUGUCUCAUCUUCUGGCUCAUCUUCAGCAUCAUGGGAGUCAACCUGUUCGCUGGCAAGUUCGGGAAGUGCGUGAACAAAACGGGCUUCAUCCACAGUAUCUCUAUAGUCAACAACAAGUCAGAGUGCCUCUCCAUGAACGACACCCAGUUCUACUGGACAAAAGUGAAGGUCAACUUUGACAAUGUUGGCCUCGGCUACCUUUCCCUUCUGCAAGUGGCUACAUUCAAAGGAUGGAUGGAAAUAAUGCAUGCAGCUGUUGACUCAAGAGGAGUGGAGGAGCAGCCCAUCAGAGAAAUCAACCUCUACAUGUACCUUUACUUCGUCGUCUUCAUCAUAUUCGGCUCCUUCUUCACCCUCAAUCUCUUCAUCGGUGUCAUUAUUGACAAUUUCAAUCAGCAGAAAAGAAAGUUAGGUGGUCAGGAUAUCUUCAUGACUGAAGAACAAAAGAAGUACUAUAAUGCUAUGAAGAAGUUAGGAUCUAAAAAGCCUCAAAAGCCGAUACCAAGGCCUGCGAACAUUCUCCAAGCCUUCUUCUUUGAUCUUGUGUCAGAGCAAGCCUUUGACAUCAUGAUCAUGAUGCUCAUCAUCCUCAACAUGGUGACCAUGAUGGUAGAAACAGAUGAGCAGUCGGAGCGCAUGGAGACCAUCCUCAACAAGAUCAACCUGGUCUUCAUUGUGAUCUUCACCACCGAAUGCCUGAUCAAGAUCUUUGCCCUCCGCUGUUAUUUCUUUACAGUUGCAUGGAACAUCUUUGAUUUCGUGGUGAUAAUUCUCUCCAUUGUGGGGAUUGUUCUUGCAGACAUCAUUGAGAAGUACUUUGUGUCUCCGACCCUGUUUCGAGUCAUCAGACUGGCAAGGAUAGGGCGUGUACUUCGACUCAUACGUGCAGCCAAAGGAAUAAGGACUUUACUGUUUGCCUUAAUGAUGUCCAUGCCUGCACUGUUCAACAUUGGCCUCCUGCUUUUCCUCGUCAUGUUCAUCUAUGCUAUCUUCGGUAUGGCGAACUUUGCCUACGUGAAAAAACAAGACGGGAUUGAUGACAUGUUUAACUUUGAGACCUUCGGGAACAGUAUGAUCUGCCUUUUUCAGAUCAGCACCUCGGCAGGCUGGGACAACCUCCUGAGCCCUAUAAUGGCCAGCUCCCCAGAGGAGUGCGAUGCAAACUUUGUCAAUACUGGCACUAAUACUCGGGGGAACUGUGGCAGCCCCUCAAUGGGCAUAGCUUUCUUUGUUAGUUACAUAAUCAUUUCCUUCCUCAUUGUGGUAAAUAUGUACAUAGCAAUAAUUCUGGAGAACUUCAGCGUUGCCACAGAGGAGAGUACAGAACCACUGAGCGAGGAUGACUUUGAGAUGUUUUAUGAGGUUUGGGAGAAGUUUGAUUCUGAGGCCACACAGUUCAUUGAGUUUUCCAUGCUGUCGAGCUUUGCUGACACUCUGUCGGAGCCGCUGCGCAUUGCCAAGCCCAACAAGAUCAAGCUGAUCGCCAUGGAUCUUCCCAUGGUCAGCGGGGAUAGGAUCCACUGUCUGGAUAUCCUAUUUGCCUUCACAAAGCGGGUCCUGGGAGAGUCAGGUGAGAUGGAUGCUCUCAAGCAGCAAAUGGAGGAGAAGUUCAUGAUGGCUAACCCCUCUAAGAUUUCCCAUGAGCCCAUCACUUCCACACUGCGCCGCAAACUGGAGGAGGUGUCCGCCAUCAUCAUUCAGAGGUGUUAUAGGAGGCAUCUGGUCCGCCGGCAAGUGAAGCAGGCAUCCUACCUCUACAGACAAAUAAACUAUGAGACUGUAGUGGAUGUGGAGAAUGCUCCGGAGACGGAGGGGCUGAUAGCCUCUAUGAUACAUCACUAUGGACCUGUAGGGAUGGAGGAUGAACAGACAGCAGAGGCCACCCUACUGUCCUCACCACCAUCUUAUGACAGUGUGACCAGGGCAGCCAGUGACCUCUCUGAGGUCUUCAGAUCAAUAUCCAGAGACUCUGAACUCGGGGAACCUGGUGAAAACUAUGAGGAAACUUUUCUUUGAGACUUGAUUGUGUGGAGUGUGUUUGUGUGGUUUUUGUUUGUUUUGUUUACAGCAGAGAAUAUAGCUCAAAAUCACUCAUGGUCAAAGAGAUGAACUUUUUUUUAUAUGUAUUAGCAGAUGCCGAAGAAUUAUACAAUAUAUUUAAUUAACUCACAGCCUCAGUUUAAAUUGAACAACUCAAAAGUCAGUUUUGUUUGAUACACAGUCACAAGCUCCAUGGAGGAGGAGGAGGGCUCGGAAGUUAAACUUGUCCUCACACCAUCUUAAAAAUUAACAGUUGACAGAUUUUACAACAUCAAUUCACUGAAUAUUUUUAAUAACAGCAUAUAAAACAUGACUAGCACGUUACCUACAUUCACUCAAAACGUCACGUGGUCUGCAGUUUGUUUCACACAUCAGGAAACAUCAGACAUCAAUUUCACUACAAGAAACUUUGCUGAAUGUUAAAUUCUUAUUCAUAAUUUUCAUUUAAAAUUUUAAAUUUGCUGCACAAUAUUUGUAAGGAGUGUUUUUUCAGACAUUAUACUACUGUUAGAUAAGCACUUGCAUAGUGUUUCAUAGGACCAAUGGUCAUCUUCUUAGUGGUGUCCAGUCAUUUUGCCGCUACAAAAAUGUUGAAUGUUUUAAGCUCGAUAGCUGGCUAACAAAAUAGCUAAUUUGCUACAUUCACUAAAAUUAUUUUUAACAGGUGAGUUUAUAUUAAUCUAUUUUUGUACAUGUACAAAGAAAUUUGUAUCUGGAGCAAAAAAUAUUACACCUUGAGGCUGAGGACAGGAGGAACACUAUAGAGACAAAUACUAAUUGACCAAGGCAGCAGAAAGAAAGAAAGAAAGAAAGACCCUUUUUUCAAGUUUGUAACAGCAGAUUCAAUCAGAUAAUAUAAUUACUAACCUGUUUUUAUGACAGAAAAUAUUUAUGAAAAAAUAUAUUUGUAAAAGAAAGUUCUGCAGCCACAUUUUCUAUUCUUUCUAUUCACAUUUUCACUACAAGUGCUCAGGGGUUUGAAACACUUUUACAGCUGUGUGAUUGUCUGGUUUGAUUGUCUUGGCUCAUAAACCAACAGACAAACAAAUUAAGAGCAGACUGAGAAUACUGAGUGUGUGAAUGAUGACCAGCACACAGUUCCCACCAAACAUGCCCAUAAAGCUACACACUAUAUGAGCAACUAGCGCUAACACGAGGAGUAAAGUAGCAUUCAUGAUGUAGUUUUCAGGUAUUAUCGAUAUGAUUUAAACCAAAGCUCAAUUCCUCAUAAAUGUCCCAACUGAAAUAGGAAAUUAACGGGAAAAAAUCUAAAUUAAGGAAAAAUAUAUAUGCCAAAGUAAGUCAAAAUCAUAAAUUAACAAUAAUUUCUAAUGUUUGUGUUUUUUUAAUUUUAAUUAUGAGCAGUGUGAUCAGUGAAAUAAUUCCUUGAUAUGCACUUUGAUUGAAAGUAGGUGCUGUAAGUGAUGAUAGAGACAUGGCUCCUGGUUAGAAUAGCAUUAGGUGUGUUGAUUUCAUUGCACAACAGCAUGGAAAAAAGCACAAUUUCUUGAAAUGAUGUUAUUCAAUACUACUAAUAUGAAGAAAUAUACUGCAAUGUUUGUUAUUUGAAAAAGUACAAUUUCCAAUCAUUUUGUCAAACAUGGCACAUUAUGAGUUUAAUGUGUGUGUCGAUUACAAAGAAGGGCUGUGUGUUCUCAUAAUCCCUGAAUUAUGUGCCUGAUUUUGAUUGUCGUCCGCACACUUCUCUGAAUCUCUUUAGACCAUUUAAUUUGAUCUGAUGGAUGUGGAUUGGAAGAGCAUGAAUGCACUGAAAGCUCAUUUUGUAAUUAACUGUGUAAAGCGCUUUGAGGCUGUAC